GAGGACGACGAGGAGAGCUACUACCGCUUCAUGAAGGAGAACCCGAACGCCGGCGUCGGCGUCCUCGCCGCCGGCUCUGAUGAUGAAGACCUAGUCGGGGGCGGAGGCGUUCACACCGAAUACGACGACGAUGGGAACCCGCUGCCCUCAAAUGCGAAGAAGCUCAUCGACCCGCUGCCGAUGAUCUACCACUCGGAGAUCAACUACGCCCCCUUUGAACGGAACUUCUACACGGAGCACGCCGAGAUUAAAGCCCUCUCUUCGGCGGCCGUCGUCGACCUUCGCCGGCGGCUGAAUCUUCGCGUCAGUGGCCCCUCCCCGCCCAAGCCGGUGACCAGCUUUGCCCACUUUGGCUUCGACGAGGUGCUGAUGCGGGCGAUUCGAAAGUUGGAGUACACACAGCCGACGCCGAUUCAGGCUCAGGCAAUCCCCGCUGCCCUCUCUGGGCGCGACCUGAUCGGCAUCGCCAAAACGGGCUCCGGGAAGACGGCGGCCUUCAUCUGGCCGCUGCUGGUGCACAUUCUCGACCAGCCGGCGCUGGCGCCCGGCGACGGGCCCAUCGGCGUCAUACUGGCGCCCACGCGGGAGCUCUCGCAGCAGAUCUACGCCGAGGCGAAGCGCUUUGCGAAACCUUAUGGGAUUACCGUGGUGUGCGCCUACGGCGGCGGCAGCAAGUACGAGCAGAGCCAGGACCUGGAGGCGGGCGCGGAGAUUGUCGUGGCGACGCCGGGCCGCAUGAUCGACUUUGUGAAGGCGAAGGCGACCAACUUCCUCCGAACCACCUACCUGGUCCUCGACGAGGCGGACCGCAUGUUUGACAUGGGCUUCGAGGUCCAGGUUCGGUCCAUCUGCAACCACGUCCGCCCCGACCGGCAGACGCUGAUGUUCAGCGCCACCUUCAAGAAGAGGAUUGAGAAGCUGGCCAGGGACGUCCUGACGGACCCGAUUCGCAUCGUCCAGGGGGAGAUUGGCGACGCGAAUGCCGACAUCACCCAGGACGUGCAUGUCUUUCGUUCGGGCAGCUCGGAGAAGUGGGACUGGCUGCUGGCCAACCUGGUCGGCUUCACCUCGAGCGGCAGUUUGCUGAUCUUCGUCACGAAGAAGGCGAACGCCGUGGAGCUG